AUAUAUCAAAACGGACGGCGUCUCUCUCUCUCUCUCUCUGAGAAGGAGCUAAAACGAUGGCUGCAAAAUCAUUAAGGCGAUGUUGAACAUUUGAGGACUAAGAAAGAAACAGAAGACCAGACCGAGGUUCCUGAAGGGUGCAUCCAGACAGAAGAACACCUCAAUAUGUUGAAGUGACCAUGAAAGAUUCAGACCAAACCAAGGACAGUCCUCCAAAAUGGGAUUGGUCCCUCACGCCUACCACUCUACCACACCUCUGCCUUAACACUUUAGACUUCUCGGACCUCUGGGAUGAAGAAGAAGUGGACAGCACCGAAGAAGAAGAAACCAACUCGACAGAUGAAAGGUUUUGUGGUGUCUUAGCACCUCCACCACCUCCUCCUCCUCCUCUUGAUGUCAAACUCUUCUUGGCUUCCCCAAAGGGUGCUGCCAAUAAAUGUGCCACCCUGAAGCUUCACUGGAGGGCCCUGCAGAGUUUGACCCCGCUUCCUAGGAGGACUCGUUUUGGGACUCAAACCAUUUGGGCCGGGCUGGAGUCAGUCCAGUUGGAUACACAAUGGCUGGAGUUACUCUUUGAAUGCAAAAGCAAGAGCACCUGCUUGAGUGUCGCUUGUGGACAGCGGAAACAAGCGACAGUGUCAGUGCUGGGGAUGAAGAGGAGUAACAACAUUACCAUCACGCUGAGCCGCCUGCCACCCCCACAUCUCCUCCCUCCUGCUAUAUACAGCAUGGACAGCAGUGUGCUGGACCGAGAGGAUAUUCAGCGGCUUCAAACUCUCAUCCCAACCGAGGAAGAACUCUGUCUGAUCAAGGAGGCUAAAAGACAAAACCCAAACUGUCCUCUAGCCCCAGCCGAGCUCUGCCUUCAAGCUUUAGGGGAGAUCCCUCAUCUGAUCUCCAGGCUUCAGCUAUGGGCUUUCGUGUUGGAUUAUGACUCUUUGGAGCAAGAGAUCGCUGAACCACUCUUCCAUCUGAAGCUCGCCAUGGAGCAGCUGGUAGCUAGCGAGACCUUCAGACACAUUCUAGCAACGGUGUUAGCCAUUGGUAACUUCCUCAACGGAUGUAAGGCUCGUGGUUUUGAGUUGAGUUACCUGGGCAAGCUCUCCCAGGUGAGGGACACACAUUCCCGCCAGCCUCUGCUGCAUCAUGUCUGCGUGCUCCUGCUGCAACUCUACCCACAGUCUUCGGAUCUGUACUCGGACCUGACAGCAGUUAGCAAAGCUGGAAAGUGUGACUACUCCCUGGUUCAAGCCAACCUAGACCACCUCGGGGACCUAUGCAAGGCAUCAUGGGAGCAGGUGAAGAUGCUGGAUAAAGCGAAGAAAUGCAACCCAGCAAAGGGGGAGAAGAGGCGACUAUUAAAAGGAGGUGGUGAUAGCUUGGGACCAGACAGUGUGCUCUGUCACAGGCUUCCACAUAUCCUGAGGGAGAUUGAUGACAGGAUGAAGGUUCUGAGAGCAGUCCACAGGAGGGUUGUCAACAGGUUUCAUUCAUUCCUCUUGUUCCUGGGCUACUCCAAAACGAUGGCACGAGAAACCAGAGCUGAGGACUUCUGUAAAACCAUAAGCAACUUUUCUCUCGAGUUCCGGGCUGCUCGGCAAGCCAUUCUGCAUCAGAGAGAGUGUGCAGCUGCAAGUCCAGGUCCAAACGCUUCUGCAAGAAAAGGAAAACCGCCUCAAACACAUGAAAGUGAGCAACACUGCAGGCUUGAGGCGGUGCUGAGAACACCUGAAUCCACCUCCAGGCUGGAUGUGACGCUGCCUCGACACCGCAGGAGGAUGCUAAAUGUCAAAGGUCCACUCUCAACUAAAUUGAAGCGGUGACCAUGGUGAUGGAAAACUAUUGAGGACAACAAAAUACACUCUUCCAUAAGAGCUAACUUAACAUAAAAACUUGAGGGAAUUGAAAAACAUAUCUUACUUGAAAGAAAAUUGGCAAAUUCUUUUCAUGGUUGUUUUCGUCACGUUAAACAUUUGAGCAUAUUCAAAACAAACAAUAGCUAGCUAUCUUAUUAAAACGACAUGUAUUAAAAUUAAUUCGUCUUCCGGGUUCCUGAGUUUUGCGACAGACUAGCAAAUGUCUCAUAAUCAUAAUUGACCAAUGGGUCAACGGUAUUUAGUUUAGUUGAUUUGAUUAGCCAAUCAGAGGAAUGUACAUAGAAGGUGGGCGUAACUUAGCUGCUUCUCACUUCCGUAUUGACGCCUUUUGGAGUGUUUGAGUGUGUCCCAUUGCUAAUCUUGGCAUUAUUUACUCAUUUUUCAUGUUCACGUCAUGGUUCGUGUGUUUUUGGAGCAUUCCAACGUAAGAUUUAUUCCAUUUUGUUUUUUUGUGGCACUUGUAAAACGUGACUAUUUUGUCUUGUAAUGUUUACCCAGGCUAACUUUUUUUUAGUUUGUUGUUAUUGUAGAUAAAUCUACAUGUAGAUAUUUGAACAACUCUAUUGCUUUAUAUAAAAUGUGGUUUGGUGCGAACAAAACACGAAUAAACAAUCGAACAUCCACUUGAGUUCAUUAACGUACUUGCAAAAGUGCCUCUCCGAGCCAGCAGGUGGCAGUGCAACACCUGGUUAAUUUAUCUUCCAUAAAGUCGAAAUUUAAAACCCCUCAAUAAAACUUGAACAUGUGACAGAAUCAACAAAUUAAUCAUUCAGUCAUAGGUUUGUUGCCCUUAAUACUAAAAUAUUAAUUUUAAAACUGUUAGCAUGAAUUAGAACUGACUCAGUAACCUAAAUUCCCACAUAUACGCUUCAAAACUCUUGCAUUAAGUCUUUUCAGGUGUAAUGGCCUUGUGUCCUGAUGCUUUUGUGCACUUGAAUAAUUGUUAAUAUGGUACACACACUAAAAUCUUAUUGUUGUACCCUGCAUAUGGCAAAGAGUCACAUUUGUUUUAUUUUUUUAGAUAAAACCUGAUAUGUUUUUGAGAGGUUUCUGUGUGUCUGCCCUGCGACUUGCCCUGUAGCUGGUGUGCAUUUAAAUGAGGAGUCUUCCAUGAGCUCAGUGGGCCAAAAUGAGAGAGAGAAAAAUGCAUGAGAGCAGGAGGAGGAGGAAAGGCACACUUCAGGUCACCAUUGCAGGAGGGGGGAGUUUUCCCUCCCUUCAUUUUUCCCUUGUGCCACAACUUCCUCCUCGUCCUCCUUGUUUGGCGAUAGUAGAAUAAACAGAUAAUAAUAGCAAUAAAUAGGCAGUCCAAUGUGUCCACAGUUAUUCCACCGAGGGCUGCAUCCAGAAAAGUUGAUAUAGUGAUACAUUGCAAUACCUUAAUCCAGCGUGGGUCAAGAUAUGAUAGUGAUGGUUUUGUUUCACUUGAUUUAAUUACUAAAAGUUUGCUAACUUCUUGUGUUUAACAUGUUCCAAUGCAGUGAUGUACGAUGAGGUUCAUGGCACUGACCCCUUUGGAGGGUUGCUGUA